CUCGUCGUUGUGAACUCGGAGAUUCUCGCGUGGAUUCCUGGGGGCGGGGAGAGGCGAACGAGGCAGAGCUAGCAAAUGCUGUAGACGACUAAGUCUGCCCCCCAUUCUGUGGAAUCAGUGGGAGCCCUCGCAGACUUUGAUUCCCCACUCUAGAACAGGUCUCUAGAUCACCAUGGCGACUGGACAGAAGUUGAUGAGAGCUGUUAGAGUUUUUGAAUUUGGUGGACCAGAAGUGCUGAAACUCCAGUCGGAUGUUGCAGUACCAAUCCCAAAAGACCAUCAGGUUCUAAUCAAAGUCCAUGCAUGCGGUGUGAACCCAGUGGACACAUACAUUCGCUCUGGUACUUACAGUAGGAAACCACUCUUACCCUACACUCCUGGAUUGGAUGUGUCCGGGGUAAUAGCAGCUGUUGGAGAUAAUGUUUCUGCUUUCAAGAAAGGUGACAGAGUUUUCACUACCAGCACGAUCUCUGGGGGCUACGCAGAGUUUGCUGUCGCAGCCGAUGACACUGUUUACCCACUGCCAGAAAAACUGGACCUUAAGCAAGGAGCUGCCAUUGGUAUCCCAUAUUUUACUGCUUAUCGAGCUCUGCUCCACAGCGCCCGUGUGAAAGCUGGAGAAAGUGUUCUGGUUCAUGGGGCUAGUGGAGGAGUAGGACUAGCAGCAUGCCAGAUCGCUAGAGCUUAUGGCCUGAGGGUUUUGGGCACAGCUGGGACGGAGGAAGGACAGAACACCGUCUUGCAAAAUGGAGCCCAUGAAGUGUUUAAUCACAGAGAAGUUAAUUAUAUUGAUAAAAUUAAGAAAUCUGUUGGUGAAAAAGGAAUUGAUGUUAUUAUUGAAAUGUUAGCUAAUGUAAAUCUUAGUAAUGAUUUGAAUCUUCUGUCGUCUGGAGGACGGGUAAUAGUUGUUGGCAGCAGAGGCCCUAUUGAAAUAAACCCACGGGACACCAUGGCGAAGGAAUCUAGUAUAAUUGGACUUGCUCUGUAUUCAUCAACCAAGGAGGAAUUUCAGCAAUUUGCAGCAGCCCUUCAAGCUGGGAUGGAAGUUGGUUGGUUGAGACCGGUCAUAGGUUCUCAGUAUCCUUUGGAGAAAGUGGUCCAGGCUCAUGAAAAUAUCAUUCAUAGCAGCGGGGCCACUGGAAAAAUGAUUCUUCUCAUAUCAUGAUUAAUUCUUUCAUGCAUUUCCUGUGUAAUUAGAGGUUUCUUACUCCAGUUUUACUUACACAAUCUUUCGUUAAUUGCCAUCUAUUUGACUCAGUGAGUUUCUUAUACUAAAAAACAAGAUUUGUCUUUAGAGAUCCUGGGUGUGGGGCGCACAAUUUGAGUUAUAGCUGGCAAUGUUCUCCAUGCCUUUCACCUGUGAUCAAGCAGCCGUAGCAGAAAGCAGAGUGUUGUGGUCAUGGGCAAUGGGGCGCACUCCCGAAGUUCCUGAUGCUUGAUCAUUGAUUUCAUACCUUUGACUAAAACAUUCUAAUGAAAAAUAAGACAGUUUGAUUUCCAAGCCUACUUCUCCUUAUAAAGUUUCUUUCCUUCCUGAUGUGCCCAGAAUUAUAUUAGACUUUGAAGAUUUUCUGGUUUAAACAAGAUCCUUUGUCCAAAUAAAUCUUCUCUGGAUCAACAAGUCUCUUGGAUGGGCAUGAUAAACAAUGUCCAGACACAUUUGUUAGUUUUCCAAUAUUUACCAAAGUGUUAGAACAUUUUGUUAAAUAAGCAUUAAUGGUGAAUUACCACUGCUCCACAUCCUGUGAGGACAGCGGCCUUUUCUGGGUGUAAUGUGACACUAGCUGUGUAGCCUCCAGGUAGAUAGACACUCCUGGACUGGUCUGAUUGCAAAUUAGAUUCAGAAUUAUCUGUUUGUGCAAUAGGGAUGUGUGUUAUAUUUUUAAAUAAAUAAACAAAUUUGACACAUUAAGAAUGAUCUGCUUUUGUUUUCUAAUGUGGUGAUCUGGAGUGAUCCUAUAGGGAAGGAAAAACUUAAGUUUUUCUAGUUUUAUAUUGCACUCACCUUAUUUCACUUGUACAUAGCUCUUAACGAUCUCGUCCUAACGGUGUCCUAUGCUGGAAGUCUUUAUCUAAACUAAAUAAAGAAGUGAUUGCUUAGAAAUCUUGACAUCAA